AAAGUGACGUCACCAUUUGUUUGAGCAGCCACAUAGGCUAAAUCAGAAUGAUAAGUGUCUUAUUUGACAGAUGGAUGUCACAUUCUGUUGUGAAAUAGUAAAUUCCACAAAGUAGAAAAUAUUGAUAGUUGAAAGGGACGACUGCAAUUCCGAUGGCAAAGAUGUGUAACUAACAACAAAUAGGCACAAAUAAAAAGAAGAAAUAAACUUGCAUUUGGCGUGUCAAACUUGGCUCCGUAUAAGUAAACACAUUUUCCUGGUCGCCGGCUUUUCCUGGUUUAAUUUCGCCAAGUUUCUCCGUCAUUUGGCGGUUGAAUAUACAAAAUGAAUGCGGUGCUUGUUACAGUGAUAAUCAGCGUCUUAUUUAUCGAAGUCCAUGGUUUAGAAGAUACAGAUGUAGCAGAAGCAGACCCUUCAAAACGUCAGCCUUCGAGAUGUGAAGUUUGCAAGUAUCUGGCUACUGAACUGAUGUUACGCUUAGAUGAGACAGGGAAGAAUAAAGAAGUUAUAGAAACUGGUCAUGGAUUGGAGAAAAAGAAAAGAUUUAAGUACAACACUGCAGAGCUGAGGCUGAUAGAAGCUUUGCAGGAGCCCCAUAUAUGUAACAAGAUACUGGAGUACAAUGUACAUGCUGAGAGAGAGGGCAGUCUGAGGUACUCUAAAGGAAUGAGUGAGACAAUGCAGACUUUACAUGGAUUAAAAAACAAAGGUGUAAAGGUGGAGCUAGGUAUACCUGAAGAACUAUGGGAUACCCCAUCCGCAGAGGUCACGAUUAUGCAACGUCAUUGUUUCACAGUAGCUGAGGAGCUAGAAGAGACUAUAGAAGACUGGUACUUCCACCAUCAGGAUGAGCCUCUCAUGAAAUAUCUCUGUGAAGAUAGGUUCCUUGUAGGAUAUAACGCAGAUUGUUUGAAGGAGACUUUUGUUCCUAAAGAAAAUGAUGAAGAUGAAGAUAAACCCAAAAAGAAGAAAAGUAAAAAGAACAAGAAUGAUAGUCGUAAGGGAGACCAUGGAGAUGUUGAUCAGCAAAAAGCAAAGAAAAACAAAAUAACGGAAAACAAAACUGAACUAUAACACAAUGCAAUAGAAUACACCUAAUGAUACAACUCUGUGCGUAAGAUUAUGAGAAUCUAUAAACUGA